AUGUGGAAGAGAAAGCUGCAGAUCAGCAGGACGAAGGCCUCACGCAGGAACAGCAGGGCUCCGGCUGAGAAGACAGAAGUGUUAAGUGACGACCUGCUGCAGGUGGAGAAACGUCUGGAGCUGGUAAAGCAGGUCUCCCACAGCACUCACAAGAAGUUGACUGCGUGUCUGCAGGGCCAGCAGGGCGUGGACCUGGAGAAGAAGUCUGUCCGGUCGCCCUCGAAAAAGCUUCCUCUCACAACACUAGCACAAUGUUUGGUGGAGGGGGCGGCAGUGCUCGGAGACGAGUCUCUACUCGGGAAAAUGCUGAAGCUCUGUGGAGAGACGCAGGACAAACUCGCCCAGGAGCUCAUCAUGUUUGAGCUCACCAUAGAGAGAGACGUCGUCGAGCCUCUGUACGACCUCGCCGAGGUGGAAAUCCCAAACAUCCAGAAACAAAGGAAACAUUUAGCAAAACUGGUCCUGGACAUGGACUCUGCACGCACACGGUAUUAUCAGUCCACCAAGUCAUCAGGACUGUCCAGCAACCUGCAGCUGACGGGAGCCAAGGCCGACCACCUCAGGGAAGAGAUGGAGGAGGCAGCCAACCGCAUGGAGAUCUGUCGGGAUCAGUUGUCGGCAGACAUGUACAGUUUUGUGGCCAAAGAAAUCGACUAUGCAAGCUACUUCCAGACUCUGAUAGAAGUCCAGGCCGAGUACCACAGGAAGUCAUUGGAGCUGCUUCAGAGUGUUCUGCCGCAGAUCAAAGCUCAUCAGGAGACCUGGGUGGAGAAGCCGUGCUAUGGGAAACCAUUAGAGGAGCACUUAGCGCUCAGCGGGAGAGAUAUUGCCUUCCCCAUCGAGGCCUGUGUCACUAUGCUGCUGGAGUGUGGCAUGCAGGAGGAGGGUUUGUUCAGAAUCGCUCCCUCCGCCUCCAAACUGAAGAAGCUGAAGGCGUCUUUAGACUGCGGAGUGUUGGACGUGCAGGAGUACUCCGCUGACCCGCACGCCAUCGCAGGGGCUCUGAAGUCGUAUCUGCGGGAGCUCCCCGAGCCUCUGAUGACCUUUGAACUCUACAACGACUGGAUCCAGGCGUCCAACAUUCAAGAUCAAGACAAGAGGCUUCAGGCUCUGCUCAGUGCCUGUGAGAAACUACCCCCAGCCAACAACAACAACUUCAAGUAUUUGAUCAAAUUUCUCUCCAAACUGACUGAGUACCAGGAUGUGAACAAGAUGACACCUGGAAACAUCGCUAUCGUCCUCGGACCGAACCUGCUCUGGAUGCACAACGAGGGCAACAUCACGGAGAUGAUGACGACAGUUUCCCUGCAAAUCGUCGGCAUCAUCGAGCCCGUCAUCCAGCACGCCGACUGGUUCUUCCCCGGAGAAAUCGAGUUCAACGUCACAGGGAAUUAUGGGAGUCCCGUCCACACCAACCACAAUGCCAAUUACAGCUUAAUGCCGUCUCCGGACAUGGACCAGAUGGACCGCAAACAGAACGACCAAAGCCGGCGGCCACUCAGCGUCGCCACGGACAACAUGAUGCUGGAGUUCUACAAGAAAGACGGCAUUAGGAAGAUACAAAG